ACGUCAAUCUAAUGUCAUAUUAAGACAUUAAGACGGGUGUGGAGUUUUACCACUCCCUAAACAAAACUACCUCGUAACUAUAAUAACAAAAACAAAAACGUUUUUACCUCAUUUAACCAUCGACAAUGCACAGCCCAUCGGAGAAACGAGAAACAGCACCACCAAGUUAUGCGAGUGUUACUGGCGAUGACACAAUUUCUUCAUCGAUUUCACCCGGAUUCGAUCGGUUCGUUCGAAUUGUCGGAAAUCAUGAGACAUUACACUUUCAUGCACCCAAUGGCAUGGGUUGUUGUACCGUGCCUGACGUAGUACAGAUCCGAGAUUCAUCUGAAAAUCCAAUUUUAUGCAUCAUGACGGGACGAAUGAUAGUUGCAAGUGGUAGCAAUCGUGUCGUAUCGUCCAGAGAAGUUACAUCUCCUAGUGGCGAAGCGUUAAUAUCAAUAGGUUCGGGAGCAACACAAACAUUGAGCAGUGGCGAUCAAAUUUUGGGUAGAUUAGAUGAUGACAAGCUGGUGUGUAGUCAAACAUUGCAAGCCACAAAUGUAAUGGGAGACGUAAUAUUCGAGGGUGCUGGGGAUAAUAAUAUGGGUGGAAGUGGAUGUGGCUGUUGCGUGGAAUGCGGUUUCGGAUGUUGCAAGCCAAAUGCCGAGGAAUUCAUUUUUAGCCACCGUGGAGUUACUCUCGGACGAUUAGCAAGAUCCGGCAGCAAUUCAAGUGGAAAUAAGUUGGAGAUCUUCAAUUCGACUGACAUGGAUCCUCGAACGAAGGCCAUUCUGAUUUACGCUGGUUAUUCUGCAUUUUUAAUGUUCUUCGUGGACACAAAGUGUGGCAGGAUCGGUGAUCGUGGUAUAGGCAGAACAAUCUGUUGCUUCUUGCUUAUUGGAACUGUGAUUCUACUGAGUCUUCCACUUUUAAUUUUACUUUAAUCUGCAGCGUUCAGAAUUGCUGAAUUAUGAUGAUUAACGGUGAACGUUUCAUGUUAACGUUGUGUUCAGAUUGAAGUUUUAUCUCAUUUGUAGCAAAUGGUUUCUGCCACUGUUACAAAUGACUGAUUUCGUUACUUUUGCCUUUAUUCAUUUAUUACGCUUUCUGUGAAUGUUGAUUAGAUUUUGAGGCCUUUUCUCGUUAUAAACUCUCUUCAAUAUACUUACUUAUACAUAGAAAUAGCAAUUUUUACACAAAAUGACUUUUAUACUAUUUGGUAUUCGAAUAUACUCUAUUUUUGAAAUAAAAUGCCUCUGUGCCAUU